CCCAGGGUUUCUGCUUCGCAGUACGGAAUACGUCGUCUGCAUUUCACGCAGUGAAUUGAUUUGACAGAAGCAAAUUUGACAGUAAUACUUUUGUGGAAAAACAAAGUGAAUUUAUAAACGUGAGCCAAUAUUUUGAGAAAAAUGUCGAAAAUGGAGGAAGGAAUGGCCCACAUUCGGCAGGCUGAAAAAAGUUUAAAAACGUCUCUCCUAAAGUGGAGACCUGAUUUUGAAAUUGCUGCUGAUGAAUACUCUCAUGCGGCCACCUGUUUUCGAAAUGCAAAAGCUUUUCAACAGUGCAAGGAAUGCCUGAUGAAGGCUUCAGACUGUCACAAACAGAACAGAUCAUGGUUUCACGCUGCAAAGAGUAUGGAACAGGCACUUCUGGUGUGCAAGGAAUUAGGAAAUUUAACCGAAGUACCAAAAUUGGCACAUUCCGCAUGUUCGUUGUAUCAACAACACGGCUCACCUGAAUCAGGUGCUUCGGUACUGGAUAAAGCAGCUAAAUUAUUGGAAGCUACUGAACCCGAACAGGCUCUAGAGCUGUACAAGCGCGCGGCUGAUGUUGUCAUGAGUGAAGACAGUCCAAGACAAGCGGCUGAAUACAUGAGCAAAGUAGCUAGAAUUCUAGUAAAACUAAAAAUGUACGAUCAAGCUGCAGACGCGGUCCGUAGGGAGAUUGGAAUGCAUCAACAGAUAGAUCACACUCCGUCAGUAGGACGACUAGCGGUAGCACUAGUAUUGGUUCAACUCGCCAGAGGCGAUCAAGUCGCAGCCGAAAAGGCAUUCAAAGAAUGGGGAAACUAUUGCGACGUGCCUGAGGUACAAACUCUGGAAAUGCUACUACAGGCCUACGACAAUGAGGAUGCAGAUUCUGCUAGAUCAGCGUUAAAUAGUCCUUUCAUCAAACAUAUGGAUGUAGAAUACGCCAAAUUAGCACGAGGGCUUCCUCUGCCACAAGUAGAAUACGCGGUUCCACCGGCUGGUGUGCGACCGAAUGCAGCAGCUUCUUACAUAUCACCAAAUGCUACCAAACUUACUAGCCAAGCGACGGUUGAGGCAGAAGUUAAUCAGGAAGACAAUGCUGCAGAAGCUGCUAGCGGACAAAUUGGUCAAGGCGAUCCAAAAGCAAAUCCAGUUACACAACCAAAAGAUAGUUCAACGAAGGAAGAAGAGCCGGAAGAUGAAUAUGAAGGUGGACUUUGCUGAUUUGUUAAAUUUUGACUGACGCUGUUGUUUAGGUAUCAGAAUCCGUAGUAACAUAAAGUAACUGUCGAUAGGUGGUUAUUGUUUGUUAAUUAUUAGCUACUCAAUAUCUUCCGCUUUACUCUGCAUUUAUAUUUACGACUAUCCAAAUAGUGUAUAAACUGUUGCAAUCGCGUUUGCAUCUAUCACCUAUCAUUCAAAUAGCAUCAAUGGUGCAAUACUCAUAUACAGUGAUAAAUUUGUACAACGAUAUGUUGAUUAUUGUAGGUGCCUGGCAAAAAUACAAAUAUUUCUGUCGCACAUGUGAUUUAAAUAAUAUGCACAUAAAAAUUAUGCAAAUUAUAUUUCACAGCAAGUUUUUUCUCCACUAUCCUUGAAAUUUUCAAGCAAAUGUUUCUCAAUCAGCUGUAAUAAAUUUUUUUUAUAUUUAUUUUGUUUAAAUAGUUGUGAUAUAUUGAUAAUGAUGAAUUGCAAACUUUCAUCCAUGAUCAGCGAGAUAUUUAAAUAUUCGUAUCACAUGAGAAUGAAAACAUAGUUGAAGAUUUUUACUAUGCAAGAUAUUAAAAAAUCUUGAUAUUUAUCUAUAUUUAUGCCAAUCAAAGGAUUUGAUUAGGAACAGUUUUGCCUUAGUGACGAAUUAUUAUAACCUUAUGAAGAUGAGAAGAUUAAUGAAACAUAGUAAUAAUAGAGUGAAACUAGUAUGUAUCGCUUUAAUUUAUUUAAGUAUACUGUAUGAUAAGUAAUGUUUGAUUUUUAAUCGUAAAACAAUCGAUGUAUGUCACAUAACAAUCUCUAAUCAGGACAAAGUAAAUAAAAUCAAG